ACCGAGGAGCACCAGGAACCGAGGACCUCUUUGUGACGUCACUUCCUGCUAAUCCUGCCAAUCUCGUUCCCGAUGGGCAAUGGCUUUGGCUUUGCCUUUUGCAGCCUCUAGCUGCUUUCCAAGUUUCGAAGGCUUUCUCGAUUUCCUCGGGACGCAAGUCGUCUGCUCGACGUGAAUGAAACUGUUUUGCCAGCAUGAUUCACGGUUAUCGUCAUUUUCCAGUAAAUGUAAAGAUGCAAAAGUUCUUAGGACGACGAUUUCUUCCACGAUGGUUCUGUAGCAAAGCGACCGUGUACUGCGAAAGACUCGCACACAGAAAGCUGAUCCUUCUUGAAGGCAAAGACACGCUUCCCUUUCUACAAGGCAUACUAACCAACGACACGAGGCAUCUUGCGAACGACCCAGCCGCCAGUGUGAGAAUGACUUGUAUGUAUUCAAUGAUGUUGAACAAUCUCGGUCGCGUGUUAUACGAUUUGAUCUUGUACAAGGUCGAUCCCACAAAUGAAAAUAAACUGCUUCUGGAAUGCGAUGAAAAGGCAAGAUCCGAAAUAAUGAAGCUUUUAAGCAUUUACAAACUUCGCAAAGACGUGAAAAUCCACCUUUGCGACGACACCAACGUGUGGGCCGUCUUUCAUCCCAACCAUUCGCCGGCCGUUAUCCCAGUUGAAGGAGACAUUAGGGUGAACCAUCGAGACCCGAGACUCGAUCUCUUGGGGCAACGUGUUCUUGCUCAUUCCAAGUGCGACAUUGCAAAGGAAAACACACACUUGAGGCAUAGUAGCACAAAAGAGUACACACAACUCAGGUACCGGCUUGGAGUAAGCGAAGGAGUAGAAGAACACCCACCUGGAAACUGUUUUCCGCUCGAGUGCAAUGCAGACUACAUGAGUGGUGUCAGCUUCCACAAAGGUUGUUACGUCGGACAAGAGCUCACAGCGCGCACUCAUCACACGGGUGUAGUUCGAAAACGGAUAAUGCCCAUCGUUUCCUUGGACUACGUAUUGAGUGACGUGCCUUGUGAUGCACCCGUCAAGGAUCAAGGAGGACACACAGUCGGGAAAUACAGAGCAGGACUGGGCCAGUGUGGGCUCGGAUUACUCAGGGUGGAAGAAUCCGUAAAGGCCCAAGUGUUGACCGUAAAUUCUGUCCGGGUGAGUACGGCAAGACCAGGUUGGUGGCCGAGGAAGCAACACCAAGGCUAAUAUAGUUGUGUAUGUACGACGCUCCACAAUGGUCAAAUGUAUUUCAUUUUGCACAAGAAUCAAAUCCAGCAUUCACAAACAGUAUUUCCACUGUCCUUACAUCUGCAAAUUUUCAAUGAAACCCGCUUGUUUGCAAUUUUAUUGACAUUUCAUGAAACCUUAAAUACAAACAGUUCUGCUCCCCCU